AUGGGCUGGCAAGACAUAUUGGGGAAUUCCUGCAGCUGCUCAAAGAUUGAGCAAUUCGGGGCUCAGAUUCGUCCAGCGUUCGGUAUCAUGGCGUCGAUGUUGGGUGCCGUCCUUCUGGCCCUGGGCCUUUCGAUGUUUGAGAAAUGCACGCAAGCCGCUCGGGUCCAGAUGCCUGCAGUUCGAGGUGAAAACCCACAUCAGCUCCAGGCUUGGGCUUUGAAUGGCGCAUUGAGAACAGCCGCCAGUGACUUGAGCGCCCUGGCGAGGGAACACUUCCCAACUGCUUGGCCAUACGUCCGUGGCUUGAUCUUCAGGAAGAUGAAAGCCCCCGUCCUCGCAAAGCUGGAGGAGAAGAGACAACAGAUCAACCUAGCAGCCUAUGCGCCCAGCGAGAAUCCCACGGCAUCCUGGACCCCACAAGCCUUUACAGGGGAAGGUCUUUGGCUGCCAACAGGCAAGCUGUCAGAGACCGACACCGGAAUCAUGGAGAAUUUCCGGCUUUUGGCUCACUCCUUGCAGUCUGGACAGUAUCGAUAUUCGCAGAAGACACACGCGAAUGGAGCGACGACUACAACCUCGCGGCGUUUCAGCUCCGCUUCCCGAGCUGGCUUUGCAGACCCAACACUGGAUGUGGCAACCCACGAACAAGUUGCCGGGUUAAGGCAAAGCCUCUGCUCUAGCUCCCAAAAAGACGAAUGGCUCUUGCGGUUCCAGCAAAUGGAUAGGCCUGGGAGCCUUGUCUACCAGCACCCAACUUCGAAUUGGACCUCACUGUUUCUGGGCAUCUGGGCCUUUCCCGUCUCAAUAGACAUGACGAGUAUAUUUUGCUCACCAAUGCUGCAAGCAAGCGAGCAUCACACGGUGAUUUUCCAGAAUGUGGAUUCGCUCGAGCAAGCAGCAACCACGCUCGAAGACAUGCACUAUUUGUCUGAGGGAACCCUCAAGCAUCUGACAAUCAUGUGGAAUCAGCGUGUGAAUCGUGCCGAAUCAAGCAGGUCCAACAAAACAGACACCACACAUUUUUCCGCGUUCAUCCAGGCACUGCGGCCCAAAUUGGUUCACGACGCAUUUACAACCUCCUCCGUUUUCCUGCAUCCGGUGUUCCACAGCGAUGAUGUGACGACCUUUGCGCAAGAAUUGUCAGUCCCCCUUGCCAAGGUGGAGGUGUAUGCGAUAACUGGAAGCCUUUGUGCUGCAGGUGCGCAUUUCGCAGCAGGUUUAAAGCUGGAUUGCAGCGCGACCGACGCCAAGGGGUUCCUGACAAUCUUUGCAUCGAAAGAUCGAAGUGAACCAAUCCUUCUUGAUGCACCGGACAGAAAUGACACCUCUGGACUGGAACCUGCCUUGUUCGACUUCUACGAUGGAGUCGCCUUCCUGGCAGACCUGCAGCUCUGCCAGAUUUGGUGCCGUAUCAUCUUGGAGUGCGCACGCCUGGAGUUCACAGCCGUGUCCGAUCUGGGUGUUUGCGUAUUGUACGAAGUGAAGAAUACAUCUAUUCAAGUGGAACAGGCGACCUGA